AUGAAGGCUGCCUUGCUUGCCCUCUUCUUCCUUGUCUUUGCCUUCACAUCAGCCAAAGCUGGUGUUUUGGUUGUUGACACUGAAGGCAACCCCGUCAGAAAUGGUGGCUCAUACAACAUCCUCCCAGCACGGUCUGGAAACGGUGGCGGCCUCGACCUUGCUGCCACUGGUGGCGAAUCUUGCGCUGUUACCGUUGUUCAAGCCUUGUCAGAACAAUCCAACGGUUCGCCCACCAGACUUUCUUCUCCUUACAGAGUCCGUUAUCUCUACACAAACCUUGAAGUGGACCUCACCGCCGUUGCACCACCACAGUGCGCCGCGAAACCGGCGAGAUGGACGAUCGUCGGCCAAGAAGAGGAGAAUAGGCAAGUGAAACUUGCGGGACAGCCAGACACCGUACGCGGUUCGUUUAGAAUUCAGACACAUCGUGGUUCGACUUACAAGAUUGUGUUCUGUGAGAGUGGUGAAGAGUCUUGCAGGGCUCUGGGGCUUUCCAACGACAACAAAGGACACAGAAUUUUGUCUAUUAACGAUGAUAAUCCUUUCGUUGUCGUGUUUCGUAAGGCUGAAUCAUCUUGUGCAUGA